UUUACCCUACACCUUCAAAAAACCAAAAGAGGAGAACCAUGCAGAUCCCUGCACGGCCUCACGGACCCUACGGAUUUUCAAUGCGUCCACUCGCCACCCUUCACCCGGACUAUGCCAGCAGUGCGUGCCUGGCCACUGCUGCAAAACCCAACGUGGGCAAAUCGUUCACUAUUGACGCUCUUCUCGCCAAGCCGGACCACACCGAAAACACGAAGACGAGUCCAUUUCACGGCUCACUGAACCCUGCGCCAACACCACCAGGUCUCUUUCUACACGCAGGACAAAUGUGUCCUCCACUUCCUCAAUACCUGUACACCCCGGCUAUGAUGCACACGCAAUCCAGCUACCCAGUCUACUGCUGUCCACCCUACGGGUACCAGACAACAUGUGCUGGAUCAGUUUACACACAAGGUCCCACACUAUCUAAAGCAGGAGUUCACUCGCACUACAAGCACAAAGCGGGGAAGUCAAAGCGGAUGCGCACAAGCUUCACCAACGAGCAGCUGUCCUGCUUGGAGAAGGAGUUUGCGCGCCAGCAGUACAUGGUGGGAUCAGAGCGCUUCCUGCUCGCAUCCUCACUCCAGCUCACCGAGGCACAGGUCAAAGUUUGGUUCCAGAACAGGCGCAUUAAAUGGAGAAAACAGAGUCUUGAGCAACAGCAGGCCAAACUUGCCAAACUUGGACUCGCGGUUCCUCCAAAAAGCCCCGGAUCUCAAGGCCGUGAGGAUGAAGGAGACGAAGACGAGCACGAUUUCACAGAAGACUCUGAUGUUGACAUCGACGACUCCCUGCACGCCUGAGAAUUAAGCCUUACAAUGACUUUACCAGCCAACACUGCCUUUUGUACAUACUUGGAUUGCUACACAUUUUGUAGUAUCACCUUUUGUAUAAAAAAAGAAAAGAAAAAAAAACAAUAUAUUUAAAUAAUAGAUACCUAUAUAUUUAAGACCUUUCUGUAUUAUUGCU